AUGAUUCGAAAAAAUUCGCUUUCGGACAACUCGCUUCAGAUCACCAGGCAAAACAGCGAUUCGAGCAUUCACCACAAACAGAUCCGAUCGGCACUGAAAACGAAAGAUCGUCAGAGUCUGAGCCUUCAAGUCCGCUUUGACCUGCCGUCGGAUCUUGGUGAGAGACCGGCUACAACUCCCUGCCGCCUGGCAUCCUCUCAGAACUUUUCGAUCCUUUGUGGAACUCUGACGUCGAACCAGAGGAAAGUUCUGAUCAACUCGAUGAAGCGGCUCAAGCUGGACCAGGGGGACGUGCUCUUCAGGCAGGGGGAUCGAGGGAACACGAUCUACUUCAUCGGUCGAGGAGCGUGUAUAGUGAAGAGAAACCAUCUUGACUCAGCCCGACUGAACCAGGGUGACUACUUCGGGGAGGUGGCGGCUCUGGCCUACCUUGAGGACAAGAAGCAGCCGUCCGGCAUCUCCUCAGAAUUCCCCGAGCGAUGUGCGGACGUCAUCGUUGCGACGGAAGGAUGCAUCAUCUACGAGCUUUCGGGAGAUGACUUCUGCACCAUCUUCGGUGACAACGAGGACGCGCUUUCGCUGCUGAGGCAGAUAGCGCAUGAGAGGUUGACUGAGUCCCCCGGCAGCAAGAUGCACCGAACAUCCAUCUAG